UCUUAUUUCUCAGGCUUCCCGUUCCCUCACACUAGGAGUAGAUAUAACCGCCACCGCCGCCGCCUCCUCCUCCUCUAUCCCGGGAAGUCUACCGAGCCAAAAAAAGGUCCAAAUUUCUUCUGAGAUGAAGAAGGCUAGCCCGAAACAAAGAGGAUGCUGAUACAGUAUAAACAUGAGCCUACAAUCUGUGACUUUCAGCUAAAACCUUGGCUACAACCUAAAACUUAAAUAUAAGAUAAACCUUUUAUCUAGUGGCAUCCAUCCUAAUGGAGACUGAUGCGGAUGCAAAACAAAGCUCUUUGGUUUUGAUCAAGCAAGGUGCAGAGGCUAGGGUAUUUGAAUCAACAUUUGUGGGUAGGAGGUCUAUUAUAAAAGAACGCUUUUCGAAGAAAUAUAGGCAUCCAUCCCUGGACUCAAAACUCACUCUCAAACGCUUAAAUGCGGAGGCUAGGUGCAUGACAAAAGCAAGACGACUUGGGGUUUCUACACCAGUGCUUUAUGCUGUGGACCCCAUGCUGCAUUCCCUAACUUUUGAAUAUGUUGAAGGUCCCUCAGUCAAAGAGAUAUUUCUUGACUUUGGAGAGCAAGGUAUUAUUGAAGAAAGGAUGGAUGAUAUUGCAAAACAGAUUGGUGAUGCAAUUGGAAAACUGCAUGAUGGUGGCCUCAUACAUGGUGAUUUGACAACAUCUAACAUGUUAGUUCAAAGUGGCACCAAUCAGCUCGUACUAAUUGACUUUGGUCUAAGCUUUACGUCAACUCUUCCAGAAGAUAAAGCAGUUGAUCUAUAUGUACUUGAACGAGCAUUACUCUCCAUGCAUUCUUCUUGUGGAAAUGUAAUGGAUCGAAUUCUUGCUGCAUAUAAGAAGUCCUCAAAGCAGUGGUCUUCAACCCUUAAUAAGCUAGCCCAAGUACGACAAAGGGGGAGGAAGCGGACAAUCGUUGGUUAAGCUGCUGCAGCUCUCUGUUUACAUUAAGGUAAACAGCUUUAAAGAUGGAAGGACUUUGGUUGAUCAUAAUGUGCAGGAGGAGUUAUGCUUUGCUUCACCCACGUCUGUGAUUGUUUUGAAGAUACUGCUAAUAUUUUAAGUUCUUCAAAUUGUUGACGCGAACUGAUAGCUUAAAUUGUUCUUUGUGCCAUGAGAAAAUAUAGCAGUAGUAUUCGCACUUAGCUGUAUAUCGGAAGGAGUAGGCACCAUUAAAAGGGAUGCUGGGGUCUUCGGUUUCUAUUUAUGAAGAAUGUGAUCAGAUGAGUGUAAUCUAAUUUGGUUUCCUUCUUGUUUUCUGGUGGAUGACUCUGUUUUUUCUUCUAAUGUAUGGAACAGUUUGCUUAAAAGUGCCAAUGGCUGGAUAUUUUUCACUU